AUGUUUGACAGGGUGGAGCACUGUACCCCAAGGUGCUCACACUCCACCCAAAGGGAUGGAAAGUGUGUGACUCAUUGUGAGGAAGGUUUCUUUGUGGACGAGGAGAAGCAGGACUGUGAGUCUUGUCACCCCAACUGUCGAACCUGUGGAGGGCCACGCUAUGAUGACUGUGACUCCUGCGAGGAUGGGGUCACACUGAGGACUGGGGAGUGUCUGGAGGGCAGACAGCUCAAUGCCUGUCCUGAGGGGAACUUCAGAAACAGUCGAUUUUUGACUCCACUACAGACUUGCUUGUCUCACUGUCCAUCUGGGACAUUUGCCAGUGAGAAAACUGGCAAGUGUGAGGAAUGCUUAAGAGGAUGUAUGAAUUGCGAGGAUGCCAAUGUCUGCAAGCAGUGUCAAAGAAGACACUAUCUGCAAGAUGGAUUAUGUGUGGUUGAAUGUCAGAGGGGGUUUCCACGAGGUGACAUAUGCCAGUCAUGCGCCCCUGAAUGUGGAUCCUGCAAGGAUAAUCCCUCCCACUGCCUGAGCUGUGAGAAACAUUUGUUGUUGCUGGACCACUCUUGCGUGCCCCGCUGUCCAGAAGGCUAUUACGCCAACAUGACAGAAUGCCAUCGCUGCCCAGAUUACUGUAUGGAGUGUAACCAGGAUGGCCUGUGUAAGAAAUGUACACAAUACUACUACCUCCAUAAGGACGGGUGCGUGGAGGAUUGUCCUGAAGGACACUUUGCCAUUGAGCAGGGACAGGAGUGUGUAAGUUGCCAUGAUGAUUGCGCCUCAUGCGACGGGCCAGGCUCUGAUGACUGUGAAGUGUGUAGCGACAAAAAAGCUGUCCGUUACAACGGAAAAUGUCUCCACAAGUGUCCAAGCAAUGCUUAUCAUGAUACAAAUACGAAUGAAUGCAGAGAUUGUGACAGGUCAUGUCUGACCUGCUCGGGCCCCGAGCCCUCACACUGCCUUAGCUGUGAUACCAAAAGGCACAAAGAUGCCACCGGACACUGUGUGUGGUAUACUGAGUGCCCGCCCAACUCGUAUGUGGACCAGAAUGGGGAUUGCCAACAGUGCCACGGAUUCUGCGACGGCUGUUCUGGACCGGGCGGAGAUCGCUGCCUCAGCUGCAGCGAGACACGCUUCCUGCUGAACAGCACCUGUUUGGAAAAGUGUCCUCUGGGUUACUACCUCGACGAUGAGGCUGGCCACGUGUGUAAGCGCUGCCACUUCAGCUGCGAAUCUUGUGUGGGCCCUCACAGUUUGAAGUGUGUCACCUGCAAAUCUGGAUUUUUGAAGCAGGGCCUCAGCUGCGUUGAAUCCUGUUCAGAGAGUCACUAUGGCGACCCGACCACAAUGGUUUGUGAGCGAUGUGACCCUUCCUGCCAUCAGUGUACGGGUCCUGGUACAAACAACUGUCUGAGCUGCAGAGAGGGCUUUGUCUACCUGAGAGGGUUGGGGCAAUGCCUGCAGAGUUGCCCACCAGGGUCCUACAAAAACAAUUUGUCCACAACCUGUCUCAAGUGCCACCCUUCCUGCAAGACCUGCAGUGGUGGGGGCGCUCUGGCCUGCCGGUCCUGUUAUGAUGGUUUCCACUUCAUGGGUGGCAUCUGUGACAACCCCUGUUUUGUGGGCUUUUUUCCCACCUCACAGGAUCCAGGCAGUGAUAAACCAAAGUGUGAAGCCUGUCACUCGUCUUGUGAGGGCUGCCGUGGUCCCAGCAUGUGGGAUUGCACUCUGUGCCGUGCAAGCCGGGUUUUGUCUGAUGAUGGCCGCUGCUUGACCUGCUGUGGAAAUGAGACCCAGCACGAUGACAAACCCAUACCGUGGGUGUGCUGUGACUGCAAGUCAUCACGAGAGGAGUGCAUCAAGGGUGUCAACGUUGUGAUAAGUUCAGCUGGUGUGAGCUACACAGCAAGGCUCCUCGUCACAGCUUGGGUUCUGCUCACGCUUUCUCUGGGCGGAGGGCUCUUCCUCUUCCUCAGUGCUCGAUCGAGGUCACUCAGGGUCACGGCUAAAACCAAAGCUGGAGGUUACGCAAAACUGGACACCAGUGAAAGCAAUACAUCACAACCCACAUCCUCUUCAUUUGGAGAGUACAGCGACAAAAUCAUCAGAUGUCAAGACAAGGAAGACGAAGACGAAGAUGAAGACGAAGGCAUUGUGUACAUGACUAAAGAUGGAACGGUGUACAGGAAGUUCAGAUACGGGCUUCUGGAGGAGGAUGAAGAUGAGCUCGAGUAUGACGAUGAAAGCUAUUCAUUUAUAUGACACCAAAGACCUUGAGUGGAAAGAAAGCGCUUCGUUACAGGUCUUCUGAAAUUUAAACCGGUUGUAAAUGUUUCAAUCUUUAUCCAAUUCUUUGCUGAAAGUAAUAUCACAUUCAGAUUUUUUUUUUUUUUUUUAAGUUUGUCUAAUAUUUCUGUUACAACUGGCAGUUUAGAUGCAAAUCUCUUUAAUCAUUGCUUUAAGAUGAUUUGGCAACAACAAAACAGUAGGUGAAAUACCUUUAUGGGAAAAAACAUGGAACUUUUACAUUUAUGGACACUUGCAGUUUUAUAUAUUCUGGCAUAAAUAUGAAACAUCACAUUUUAAUACAAAUCUUAAGAGUACAUAAAGACAACCCAAUAAGACAAAUUAACGAAUAUAUUACAGUUGGCCGUCUAUUCAUCGAAGAUUUUCCAAUGUUUUUUAUCUUUGACUGGGAAAAAACUUUAAAAACGUUGUUACUUUCUUGCGUUUUAGGGUCAUUCAUUCAUUUCAGUUAUCUUGACAUUUUUCUCUUAGAUUUACUAAUAUAAUUCAGUCAUUAAGGCCCAAGAUGCAGCAAAACAAGCCCAAACCGUGAUAGUGACUGUCAUCUGUCACAGCGGGGAGAACAUCUUUGUGCUUGAAUGCUUCUUUUUCUGCCAUAACAGACUUUCACAAACACGUUUAGAUCAGGUGCUAGUACAGUCCUGUUCCUGGAGUUUAACGGUGGGCUCACACUCCAGACUGUGAAACUACUGAAUCUCACUCUGAUUUCAUCUUCAAAUUAGUUUUAGAUUAUUUUUUAAAUAUAUGAAAUAUAAUUAUCUUUAAUGUAUACAUUUGUAUCAUAAUCUGUAUUUGUUUGCAAAUACAAAACGUUUACAAGUAUGUGAUGGUGUUUCAACAUCAAAUUCAUGAUGAAAUGUAGAGAAUUUUAUGGGACUCAGAACAGUUCAAACAGCACUGCGACUACGUGACAUUCAGGGAGAUUCUCAGAGAGAAUGUG